UCCUAUAUAACCUGCUUCAGCUGCUGCUGCUUGAGAUGAGGAAUUGGAUUAGCUGAUGUCAAAAGGUCCCCUUCCAGCCUAAAAACCUCUGUGAUUCUGCCAUCAUAGCACUAUUUCUGUUAUACAGAGAUUACACUGUCCUUGGCUCUGUCCUUGGCUCUUGACAUGUAUGGAGUGCUUUUGUGGACCAAAUAUAUUAAUCAUUUUGGUUGAAGAACCAGAGUAACAUUACCUAGCUAAGACACUGUGUCUCCAUAGGCUAGCUCCUCCUCAGCUCCUCAGGAAGCUGGAAGGCAUCUCCUGGUGGUGGAAAGGAUGUGAAUUUCUUGCUGCUGUAAUGAGAAACUCUUGUGGGGAAUUAGAGUUUCUCACAAGUUAACAGCCUGGAAAUAAGACCUAUAGCAGGGAUGAAGCACAGGAAGGAUAGUGGAUGAAAGAACAGUUUUGAAUAGGACCCUGCCUGCUGACUUCAAUACAGCACAGCAAAACAGUGGGUGCAUCCUGGCCAGAGCCCUGGGGGCCUCCUCCUCAGUGUUUGUCACUCUGCAGAAGGCAGAUGGCACUCUAGAAGGUAACAGAGCACUCAUCGAUGGCCGAGAGCUCAGCUGUGGCUGCAGCAGCAGCAGGGACAGCGGCACCAACCAUGCUAGAGGAGCUCCUGGAGAUCACAGCUCAGAGCCUGGUGCGCACUGAGGUGGCUGAGCACUAUGAGGUUAUUCGGGAGCUGGGCAGGGGCAAAUAUGGCCACGUGAUGUUAGUGACCCACAGGCAGAGAGGGACUCCUAUGGCUCUCAAGCUGCUACCCAAAGCCAGUACCAAGCUGCACACCUUCCUGUAUGAGUACUGUGUGGCACUCUCCCUCGCCACUCACCCUGCCAUCAUCGGCAUGUUUGGAAUUGCCAUUGAGUCCAGUCAGUACUAUGGCUUCCUCUACGAACCAGCACUGCACAAAGAUCUCAUCUCUAUCAUCAAACCCCGGGAUGGGAUCCCCGAGCCAGCCGCUAAGCAGUGUGCCAAGCAGCUCGUGAGUGCGCUGGAGUUCAUCCACAGCCGAGGACUCGUGUACCGUGACAUCAAGCCUGAGAACGUGCUGCUUUUCGAUCCCGAGUGUCGACGCAUCAAGCUGACUGACUUCGGGCUUACGCGGCCCAAGGGUACCAAGCUGAAGCUGGUGGCCGGGGUAAUCCCCUAUACCGCCCCGGAGCUGAGCAACACCGCUGAUGCCCAGGGGGUGCCCAUUGACACCAGCUUGGACGCCUGGGCCUUUGGCGUGCUGCUGUUCUGUCUGCUGACUGGCUACUUCCCCUGGGAGCAGAGCCUGCCAGAUGACCCUUUCUUUGAGGACUUCAUGCAGUGGCAAGAGACAGGCCUGGAAGAGGACCUGCCCCGCCACUGGAAACGCCUGACAGCUGAGGCUGCCCUGAUGCUGCGGAGCCUGCUAGCCCUAGAUCCUGCCAAGCGUUGCCCCGUCAGUGGGGUGCUGCGCUAUGUCGAUCGCCCUUGGCGACUGGAGGAUGGCAACAGCCAGGAGGCUGCAGUGAAGCCCUAGAGCCUGUUCCCCAUAGGGGCAAGAUGGCAGGUCUCACCCUGCAAGGGACUUCAGAGUGUGAGGCACCAUGGUGGCCUGGGUGUGAGAGGCCAUGGUGAUCCAGAGGGCAACUUCUUUGUUGUCAUGGAGCCAAGCUCCUUCUCCAACUGAUGGUCCUCACCCCAUGGUUCAGUGCUGCCCAGUGCCACCUGCUUGUGCUUCAUUGGGGCUUGAAAAUAUCCUUCUUUUGGAAAUAACUGUCCGUGUGUGAAGCACCCGCUCGCUUCCUGGCCACAGGGACUCCAGGGUGUUUUCUAGGUGCUGCAGUGCCUGCCUUGUCUCAAAAUAGAACAAAAUAUGUA